UUAAGGUUCCUCAAUUCUCCAAAGUUCUUAACAUAUUGAAAUGCCAUACACAGAGAGAGAGAGAGAGAGCACUGUGUUUUCUUUCCGAGCAUGCCGGAGCGAAGAACCACCAUGAGACGAUCUGAGAGUGUUGGACGCCGUGUUCUCGAGAAUCUCGACAGAAUCCCGAGUUGCAAAAGGAUAGGUCAGAGUGAGAACUCAAGCCCUUCUCAGUCUGAUUUAGAAGCAAGCUUUUCUCCAAGAAGGUUUCUGAAGGUUUACCCUAAUGAGUUUAGGAGGUCCAACUACUCUGUUUCUCUCUCUACACCACCACAGACCACAAGGCAUUUACCUCAAAAUGGCCUCAAAAAGAGUUUUCAAGGGCACAAAAGUAUUAGAAAGGAGGAAUUCGUAGAAGAUGUUGGGAAUGGGAACUCGGGUUUCAAAAGGUGUCAUUGGAUAACACGGGGUAGCGAUCCUCUAUAUAUCAAAUUCCACGACGAGCAGUGGGGAGUUCCUGUUUAUGAUGAUAACCUAUUGUUUGAGCUACUAUCACUAUCAGGCAUGCUAUCAGAGCAAAGUUGGACUGAUAUUUUGGGCAAAAGAGAGCAAUACAGAGAAAUAUUUUCGGGGUUUGAUGUGAAUAUGAUCGCUCUGAUGGAUGCGACGAAACAAGUACCAGUAUUCGAUUCAGAGAAUAAAACUCCAUUGUCAGAGAUAAGACUCAGAUGCAUUAUAGAAAAUGCCAAAUCCGUAGUCAAGAUUGUGAAAGAAUUUGGAUCAUUCAGUGCUUAUUUAUGGAGCUAUGUGAAUUAUACACCUAUAAUUAAUAAGUACAGAUAUGGGAGAAAUGUUCCUUGGAGAACCCCAAGAUCAGAGUUGGUGAGCAAUGAUCUGGUGCGGAGAGGCUUUCGAUUUGUCGGCCCUACCAUCAUUUACGCCUUUAUGCAAGCGUCAGGAAUGACUGUUGAUCACCUUGUUGAGUGUUUCAGCUCAGCUACUCGGACUGCCACUUCCUCCCCCAUAUUUGAGUAUCACUUCAGCAAAAAUCUCCAAGGUCGUCACAGGAGCCAAUUACGCUUCAGGAUCAGCUGGCAUACUCGACGAGUCCGGGAAAACAUUCGGCGAACGGCUGCCUUUCAAUAAGCAGCUCGAUUUAUUUCAAAAGACGGUGCAACAACAAUUGCCAUCACAAUUUAACAGCUCUCAAGCUCUUCAACAACAUAUCUC